AUGACGCCUCCUCUCCUUGUCCCAACCGCUUAUUGGGGACUGGAUUCCUUUGGUGCAUUCUUCUGUGGUCUAGCUUUCCUCGGUUCUUUCUUCUGCUUCGUGUCCAUCUGGUCCAUGGUCUUCAUCACUGCUGACCGAUACAACGCUCGUCAAGGGAGUAUCUGCUGGACCUCUCACAUCUGGUGGUGCAAUGAUGAGGAUUGCGGCACUUGGCUCUUCACUCUGCCUGGUGCCUUCCUCCUUUUCUUUCGAUGGACCGAUAUGUACCUGAGGGUAACAUGCUUUGCCUGUGGUACUGACGUACCUUACAGAGACUGA